AUGGAUUUACACCCUUACUGCUGGCUUUGUGAACUCAGUGCCCACAGAACAUCUGAACAGACCACAAGUGCUCUUGAAGCUGAGGUGGGUCUAGCUUUAGCAACUGUGGCUUUGUGGGCAUGUACAUGUCAGGCAGAGCCCAUCUUUCUGCAGAAUCAUGUUACUGCUGGUCCUUUUGCAUCCCCAGUUAUCCUCUGGGAACUCUAUUUGCCAAUGUCAGUACAGACAUUGCCAAUCCUCAAUACAGAGGUCACCAAGAACACAGGUACACAAACAAUUACAGGGAAUCACCAACUAUCACCAUUGUUGAAGCAGAAUGAGAACUUUCUUACCAAGUUCCAGCAGUCAUUUGAUGAGCCCAUAAAACAGAAAAUGAACCACCUGGUGAAUACUAAGGUUGACAAAGAGGACAACUUCUCUCAGCAAAAUGCCAGUACGUUCCACCUCCUUGCUCAGAAUCUGAGAUAUGAUGGAUUCAAUCAGAGUGAUCACUUCCAAGAAGAACUAACUGACUCCACUCAGGAUGAAGUAAGUGGUCCAGAUCCAUUGGACAAUCUCCCAGACCUUAUCACUCAGUGUAUUCAGUUGGACAAGAAACAUAGUGACUGGCCAGAGCUUCUAGAGUCAGAGGUCCAGAUGCCAGUGUUGGCUCGCUGGAUCCACCACCAAGCUUUCUCCAACCCCACAGGUCCAGCACCCAAGGAAGACCCUAUACAGCUGCGAGGAAGCCAGCCACCUCUCACUCCAGCCAAACGAGCCCACCAGCAAGAAGUUCAGGCAUGCCUCUACUGCAGCCAGGCUGGUCACCUCACAUUAGAUUGCCUUGCCAAACGUUCUCGAGCCCCAGCAAGGAUAAAUAACCCAACUCAUCAGUAAGAGGAAUCCAGGCAAGACGCAUUGUAAACAUAGCCCGCUCACCUCCAGACUUACUGAUUUAUAUUGUGCAUUAAUGUUUAAAAUACAGAUACAGAACCAUGAUACCACUUUAUGGAUAGUCUUAAACUCAUGCUUCUGAGAAUUUCAACAAACAGACCUUGUUCAUCACCAAACCUGAUCCAGCAAUGAUGAAAACAACUUCCAUGCACUUUCUGAAGCUGGGACUAAUUUUCCAAGAGGACUAAAACCCAAAGGCAAAACUCUGCCUAGUCUGACCCAGUGGAAACCACUUGGCAAUGCAUUGGAACACUCCAUCCACACCAAUGGUUAAAAGAUACCUGGGUUGAGUUUGUUGGCCCAAGUCUUUGUGUCUAUAGUUGGGACCAAGCCUUUUACCUUCAUGCUCACUGCUCUGUAGUUCCUGUAGAUUUAGAACUCUUGGCUGAGGUCCUGGUUGCAUUUCCACUGGCUGCAGCUAAACAAUAACAACUAGUUAUCAUUGUGUACUCCUUAUGUACUUGUACUUUUUACAUAUAAAAAUAUCAC